AUGAGUGAGAGUAGGAAACGUAGUGCUGAAGAAGAGAGUAUGGAAAAUGAUGAUGUGGUUGAGGAAUUCAGUGGGUUAAACCUUUCUGACGCUACGAUGAAGGCUGUUGAGAAGAUGGGGUUUAGUAGUAUGACUCCUGUACAAGCUAGGACUAUUCCUCCGCUUUUGGCGGGCCGGGAUGUGCUUGGAGCAGCAAAGACUGGGUCUGGUAAGACUUUGGCGUUCUUGAUUCCUGCCAUUGAAAGGUUACAUUCGUUGAAAUUCAAGCCAAGAAAUGGUACGGGUGUGAUUGUUAUUACUCCUACUAGGGAACUAGCUUUGCAAAUUUUUGGAGUUGCCCGUGAAUUGAUGGAGUUCCAUUCUCAGACAUACGGGAUCGUUAUUGGAGGUGCGAACCGGAGACAAGAAGCAGACAAGUUGGCCAAAGGUGUUAACAUGUUGAUUGCUACACCUGGUCGUCUGUUGGAUCAUUUGCAGAAUACCAAGGGAUUUGUAUUCAAGAAUUUGAAAGCUUUAGUGAUCGAUGAGGCGGACCGGAUCUUGGAGAUCGGGUUCGAGGAUGAGAUGAGACAAAUUAUCAAGAUUUUACCCAACGACGAUAGGCAGUCGAUGUUAUUUUCCGCAACGCAGACCACGAAGGUCGAGGAUCUGGCUAGAAUCUCGUUGAGACCAGGCCCAUUGUUCAUCAAUGUCGUUUCGGAGAAGGAUAACUCAACGGCAGAUGGGUUGGAACAAGGCUAUGUCGUUUGUGAUAGUGACAAGAGAUUCUUAUUACUGUUCUCUUUCCUCAAGAGAAACCAAAAGAAGAAAGUCAUCGUAUUUUUGUCGUCUUGUAACUCUGUGAAAUACUACGCAGAGUUGCUCAACUACAUCGAUUUGCCCGUAUUGGAAUUACACGGUAAGCAGAAGCAACAAAAAAGAACAAACACUUUCUUCGAAUUUUGUAAUGCAGAGAGGGGGAUUCUGAUCUGUACCGAUGUCGCUGCAAGAGGUCUAGAUAUCCCAGCGGUCGAUUGGAUCAUUCAAUUCGAUCCUCCUGAUGAUCCAAGAGAUUACAUUCACAGAGUUGGUAGAACUGCUAGAGGUACCAAGGGUAAAGGUAAGUCGCUUAUGUUCUUAACGCCAAGUGAACUCGGGUUCCUAAGAUAUCUAAAAGCCGCCAAGGUUCCUUUAAAUGAAUACGAGUUCCCAACUAACAAGAUUGCCAACGUUCAAUCUCAAUUGGAGAAACUGAUCAAAUCUAACUACUACUUGCAUCAAACCGCUAAGGAUGGUUACAGAUCAUAUUUACAAGCAUACGCAUCGCAUUCUUUGAAAACUGUUUACCAGAUAGAUAAAUUGGACCUCGCCAAGGUUGCGAAGUCCUAUGGUUUCCCAGUACCUCCAAAGGUCAACAUCACGAUAGGAGCUAGCGGUAAGACCCCACAGGUCAAGAAGCGUAAAAUAAAUAAAAAUUGA